UCUAAAGUCUCCUCCCCGCAAAUGCUAGAUUCGGCGAGCCGAACCCGCUCUCUUUCGGUCCGUAUUUUAACUUCUUCCCACGGACCUAGUCGUACCUCGUUGGGUACCGAGAGACAGUUUGGAAUACUAUAAUCACGGAUUGAGUAAGAUUUUAUCCGGAUGACGACUCCUUCAAUAAGAAUUUAGUAAAAGAAAACAGCUCGGAAAUUUCAGAAUAUGUGGACCGGACCUUAAUCAGCAUCCUGGAAGAGGAAAGCACUGAAGAUCUGUGUCCCACACCACAGACAGGUACAGUGUGUAGCCAGAGCUGCACAGAGGGAGGAAGCUCUGGGGAGGAGGUGGUGCAACAGUGCACCCCUCCGGCUGUGCUGGGUGGCAACCCCCAGGCUGAGCAUUAUGUGGCUGGGUCAUCCCAGCAUGCCCUGCAUCCAGUCCCUGCUGCGCCCCUGCCACCACUGGAUAACACGGCCACGUCACAGCCAGAAAGACGCGUACACGUCAGUGAAAAGAACUCAACCACAGAGAGUCACCCCAACGGCAAAACUAAGGACAGCCGUGAAGAAGGGGCUAUGUCGGAUAGUGGUGCUGAGGUUGUCCAAGGAGGAUUGGGCCCAUCGCACCCCAAGGAUCCUAGUGUCUCUACAGAGUAUCACUCAGACAGAUUCUCUGACAUACAGACGGAAGGAACAGAGCAAGAUUUGCAUUACGGGUCACAAACUGAUAACCGCAGCCACACAGACAGACAGAGGUGCGCUGCUGGACCAGGUCAGGACCAGGCUCUGCAGCAGGGAGGUGCAGGUGGAAUGGUGGUCGUCAGUGGGACAGAACAUCGACAGCCUCUCCCAGGGACCGAGAAAUUGGAAUAUAAAAAAGAGACUGGAAUGGAGGAACUUAGCAGGGAACACCCAGCUAGAAACCUUUCCUCUGAAUCCUUCUCAACAGCCUCCCCUCUUCCCCUCAGCCCAAAUAAAGAUAAAGUCCCAGACCACAAAGAAGACAGAGGGAUGGAGCAGCCUCAAACAACUCUGCCUACUCAGGCGACUCAGGCCAGCCACAGACCUCUGUCUGAGGUCAAAGAGCAAGCAGGCAUUCUUCAAAAGUCUGAGCAGCCCAUCACUGACAACUGUGAGAGGAAACAAACCGACAUCUCCACAGAACCUAAAAUCACCAUGCAGAACUCGAAUGACGACAAAGGAGAGAUGCCGGGAGCUAAUGCUGUGGAGCAGGGACCACAAGAACCUGAAAUACCUACAGAACCAUCUGAGAGUAGACAUGUCACACUUGGGAGUUCACACACACAAAUGCUACUCCCAGCCCCACCAACUGACGUAUCCGGGACCCCACAGCCAGGAGCUAAAUACUCUGGACUUGUACCCUACACGCCUCCUGGCAGUGGAAAUUCCACCCCAAGCUACUCAACUGACCGGCAGAGUGAGAGCGAUAACGAAAAAAGUCCACCUCAACCGAAGGAACAGAUUGAGGCUAACGGGGCAGAGGAGGAGACUGAAAUGGCCGAGCCCUCAGCCAACCUUACAAUGCAGUCACAAAGCUCUUUUCUACACGAGACGUCAGGAACAGCAGCAACCCCUCAUGUCCACCACCUCCUCAGUUUAGAACUAGACUCAAUGCAGACAGAACAAUCUGUUGAAGUUCAGAUGUCUAAUCCUGAGCACGUAACAAGGAUGGAGACUCCAGUGUUGUCUGCGCAUGUCCUCUCAACUGACACUCAAGGAGCUGUGAUGCUUGGAGGAGAGACCAGCCUGGAGUUGUCUGAGGAGGUGCAGGUUAAUCAGUGUAUCCUCCCGGAAGAACAUGAUGUUAUUGAAUUAAACUCUGAACUUUCUUCUGGAGAAACAAAGUUGUUUAUUGAAGGGACCCAUUCGGAUAUCGAAAUGUCCCAACUGGCUGCUGGAGAAUUUGAGAUUUAUAGCUUUGCAGAGGAGGAGAUUGCAACAGAAGUUGUUGGAGAGAGACUGUCUCUCUCCCCAAGCUAUGAAGUAAACUUAUUCAACCCACUCAUUGAACACUCUGAGAAUUGUACAGCCAGUGAGGAGGGACAAGACAUACACCUGCCAUCUCCCCCUCAAAUGGGUAAUGACAAUGAUCAAGCCAUUAUCCAGCAAGGCCCCCUUUCAUCAGAUCACGGUUUCUCAGAAAUGGAGGUCUGUUCAAAUGACUUUAUUCCUAGUCUGUCCGCACAAGAUGUAGAGAUGACUGAUGAAAGAUAUAAUUUAGAACCCGAAAACACAACUACUGAAGUGGACGCUGCUGUGGUGGAAGAUUCAAGUGAGGUUGAUUUAGUCAUAACUGUCCCAGGAUCAGAUACAACAGUUGGACAGGCGGACACUUAUACACAAGCUACAGCACCUUGUAUGGAGACCAGCACAGCUGUCUCAGACCAUAGAGGGGUGAGCGUUUCCCCAACCACCCAUCUGAGUGACACCCAAAAGCUGCCAGGUGAAACUGAAGUAGGGUCAACGACCAGUAAGUCUUCUCUUGUCUCCUCAAUGGAAGAAUUAACAGAGGUUGUUGUACAGUCAACCAGUCAACACAGUAUUGAGGUCCUCUCCUCGCCAAUUACCGAGAGUAAAGGGCAGAAUUGUCCUCUUAAAGUGGUACCAGGAGUUACCUUACAAAGUACUACAGAACCAGAGUCCUGUGUUUCUUCUCAUGAAGGUCCUGAAAAUCCACAGCCCUGUCCAACUCUGACAGAAACCCCAGUGCAUACCCAGCAGGAUGUUGAUGGUGCUGUUAAUGUGACAUCAACAACCGAGGUCAAACCGGAGGCUUCCCGGUCUGCGCUCUCCUCUGGCGUCAUCGACCCAAAGCUCCUCCUAUUAAAGCGUGGGGACACCCCUCUCCUCAAACAUCCACCCUCCUUAUUGUUGGGGUUGUGCGUGCAGCAAAGCAACAGCUUGACACUUCCUAGUGCUAGAAGCCCCAGCUCUGGCUCAGACACUGCGCCUGUGGUAGAGUGCCCUCCUAAAGCUGUGGCAGCCGCAGUCUCUGUGCAGGAGCCUGUGGCUCUCUGCAUUCAUAGAGGCCAGACAGAGCCCUCCGUCAAGAGAGAACCCACAGCAGCACUUCCCUCUACAAACACCCCAUCCCAGCCCCGUCUGCUCCCUCCCUCUGGUCCCACGCCAUGCAAAUCUGACAGAGGGGCAUUAACUUCGAUCAAAACUUCCAUGGGGAAAGCAGUGACAGUUUCCCAAACCCUAAACCCUCCCACCAUUGGCAACACACCUUCCAUGCACCUCUCUGACCCCAAGUUGCCCUCAACGUCAGGCAAUGUGAUGAGGAGUAGUCUCUCCAGUUCCUCCUGUGAUGGGAGCCGGUCUGGACCGCUCCCCGUUAUCCGGCCACGGCUAGCUGGUGUGAAGGGCCCAGGGAUCAGCAGCGCCAAGGAGGAGAGCAGUGAUGGGGAGGCUGACCUGGCAGUGGAGGCCAAGCCUGGCCGCAGGAGCAUGGUCACCCACAGCCCGGCAGAGACCAAGCAUGAGCAGAGACAGAGCAGGCCAGACAGAAAGGCCCUUUUCUCAAAGGUACGCCAGUGGAUAGCAGACAGGGUCACUCCAAGUUCGUCUCCCUUCUCGCCCUGUUCUUCACCCCCCUCUCCUAGCCCAUCUUCCUCCAGUGACUGGACUCCCAGCACUACUCCCCUCGCUCUCCGAGGUCCCCGGGGUAGGUUCCUCUCCCCGCCCUCUAUGGGCCUGGGCGGUUCCUCCCCAUCGGACCCGGUCACCCCCUAUCGACCCCGCAUGGAGCGUCACGCCGACAUGGCCGAACUGGCCAAACACGAAGCUGAGAUAGAGGGCAGGACCCUAGCGUUGAAGAGAGAAGGCUUCUGGUCUAUAAAGCGACUGACCCGUCUGACAGAGCCGCUCCGGCCCAAGGUGCACUGGGACUACCUGUGUGAGGAGAUGCAGUGGCUCUCUGCUGACUUUGCCCAGGAGAGAAGGUGGAAGAGAGGGGUCGCCAGGAAGGUGGUGCGGAUGGUGAUGCGACACCACGAGGACCUAAGGCAGAAGGAGGAGAAGGCCAAGCGGGACGAGCACGCCAAAAUCAGACGAGUCGCCUCCAACGUAGCCAAGGAGGUCCGGGCCUUCUGGGGCAGUGUUGAGAAGGUGGUGCAGUACAAGCAGCAGUCCCGGUUAGAGGAGAAGAGGAAGAAGGCCCUGGACCUCCAGCUGGACUUCAUCGUGGGCCAGACAGAGAAAUACUCAGACCUCCUCAGUCAGGCCCUGGAAACUGCACCGGCUGGGAACAGUGAACCUGUACCUUCACCACCCAAAAAAUCCCUUCCACCUGCUGUGGAUGAGGAUGACCGAGACUUUGAGCCUCCGUGUGGCGAGGAGGAAGAUGACGAGGAGACCAUCGAUGUGGAGGAGGCACAGGACGGCAAUGAUGCCGAGACUCAGAGGAGGGAGAUGGAGCUGCUGAGACAGGAGGGGACCAUGUCCUUGGCAGAGUUGCUCAGCACCCUCAAACGGCCUCAUUCACAGGCCUCGGAAGAGGAGUGCUCAGACAAUUCGUCAACAACAGUGGUGGAAGACGAAGAGUUCACAGCCAACGAAGAGGAUGCUGAAGACGAGGAGGACACCAUCGCAGCCCAGGAGGUAGUGGAGGGGGAAGCUGAUCACGCAGGAGAGCUUGAUGACUUGGCUAAAGAAGGUGACAUGACUGUGGAGGAGCUGCUGGAGAAGUACAAAGGAGCGUAUGCCUCUGAUUUCGAGGAGCCCUCGGCGUCCGCCUCUCCUGCCAGCACAGAGGAGUCGGAAAAUUCCGGAGACGAGGAAGAGGAGAGCGAGGAAGAAGAAAGUGAUGUGGAGAGCAACACCACCUCAUCAGAUGACGAGGACAGUGAAGAGGACGAGGUCAGUGACAUUGAGGAAGAGGACAGUGAGGAAGAUGAGUGCGGUGAGGGGAUGGAGAUCCUGCUGAAGGAGGGGGACCACAGCCCCCCUCUGCCAAGCGGCCCGCGGCCCAAGAAGGAGAUCAGCCACAUUGCUGCUACUGCAGAGAGCCUCCAGCCCAAAGGCUAUACCCUGGCCACAACCAAGGUCAAAACUCCCAUUCCCUUCCUGCUGGUGGGCCAGCUGCGUGAGUACCAGCACAUCGGCCUGGACUGGCUGGUCACCAUGUACGAGAAGAAGCUCAACGGCAUCCUGGCUGACGAGAUGGGCCUUGGGAAGACCAUCCAGACCAUCGCCCUGCUGGCUCACCUCGCCUGUGAAAAGAGUAACUGGGGGCCCCAUCUGAUUAUCGUGCCAACCAGUGUGAUGCUGAAUUGGGAGAUGGAGCUGAAGCGCUGGUGUCCCGGAUUCAAAAUCCUCACUUACUACGGCAGUCAGAAGGAGAGGAAACUCAAGAGACAGGGUUGGACCAAGCCCAACGCUUUCCACGUGUGCAUCACCUCCUACAAGCUGGUGCUGCAGGACCACCAGGCCUUCCGACGCAAGUCCUGGCGCUACCUCAUCCUGGACGAGGCCCAGAACAUCAAGAACUUCAAGUCCCAGCGCUGGCAGAGCCUGCUCAACUUCAACAGUCAGAGGCGCCUGCUGCUGACAGGCACCCCGCUGCAGAACAGCCUGAUGGAGCUGUGGUCCCUGAUGCACUUCCUCAUGCCCCACGUCUUCCAGUCCCACCGAGAGUUCAAGGAGUGGUUUUCUAACCCCCUCACCGGUAUGAUCGAGGGUAGCCAGGAAUACAACGAGGGCCUGGUCAAGAGGUUACAUAAGGUGCUCAGACCGUUUCUGUUGAGGAGAAUCAAGGUGGAUGUGGAGAAGCAGAUGCCUAAGAAAUAUGAGCAUGUGGUGCGCUGCCGUUUGUCCAAGAGGCAGCGCUUCCUCUACGAUGACUUCAUGGCACAGGCCUCGACCCGGGAAACGCUGGCUAGCGGUCACUUCAUGUCUGUGAUCAACAUCUUGAUGCAGCUCCGUAAAGUGUGUAACCACCCCAACCUGUUUGACCCUCGGCCCAUUCACUCCCCCUUCAUCACCAAGCCUAUCGUCUUCCACACUGCCUCCCUGGUACAGCGAGCCCUGGACGUCUCCCCAUUCAAGCUGCAGACGCUCCACACCCUGCUGCGUCGGCUGAAGGAGGGCCAACAUCGCGUUCUCAUCUUCACCCAGAUGACCCGCAUGCUGGACGUGCUGGAGCAGUUCCUCAACUACCACGGACACAUCUACCUCCGCCUGGACGGCAGCACCCGCGUCGAGCAGAGACAAUCCCUGAUGGAUCGCUUCAACGCGGACCGCCGCAUCUUCUGCUUCAUCCUGUCCACGCGCAGCGGCGGCGUGGGGGUGAACCUGACGGGCGCCGACACGGUGGUGUUCUACGACAGUGACUGGAACCCUACCAUGGACGCCCAGGCCCAGGACCGCUGCCACCGCAUCGGACAGACCCGCGACGUCCACAUCUACAGGCUGAUCAGUGAGCGCACGGUGGAGGAGAACAUCCUGAAGAAGGCCAACCAGAAAAGAAUGCUGGGAGACAUGGCCAUAGAAGGAGGCAACUUCACCACCGCUUUCUUCAAACAGCAAACCAUCAGGGAGCUGUUUGACGUGAAUGAGGGGGAGAAGAAGGAGGUGACCCCAGAGCCGUCUGUGCCCCAGCCAGAGGAGGAAGAGACGGGCAACAAACAGAGCACCACCAUCCUGGAGCAGGCCCUUUGUCGUGCCGAGGACGAGGAGGACAUCGUCGCUGCCUCCCAAGCCAAAGCAGAGCAGGUAGCUGAACUGGCAGAGUUCAACGAGGCCAUCCCAUUGGAUGAGGCUGGCGAAGGGAGGGACCCGGAAGAGGAGGAGCUCUCCAAGGCCGAGCAGGAGAUAGCGGCUCUUGUGGAGCAGCUCACUCCUAUAGAGCGCUAUGCUAUGAAUUUCCUGGAGGCUUCACUGGAGGAUGUGUGCAAGGAGGAGUUAAAGCAAGCAGAGGAGCAGGUGGAGGCUGCCAGGAAGGGGCUGGACCAGGCCAAGGAGGAGGGCCUGAAGCUGCAUGCAGGCUCCUCGGACAAUGACGACGAGGACUUCGCAUCACAGCCAGUGGAGGAGCCCUCGCCGCCCGGGUCGGGCCGUCGCCCACGCAAACACAAAGAGAAAGGCGCCCCCUCCACCAGAAUCAGCGGUAGGCUCCGAGGAGCCACGGCCUCCCCACCGCCCACUUCCCCAGAGCCAGAGUCCGAUUCCCCCACCCCCAGAGAAGUGCCUGAAAGGCUCCGCUCAGCUCUGAGAGGACGAGGGGGGACCAAAGACAAUACCACCACACCGUCCCGCACAGAGCACCCCAGGGCCCAACCCUCCUCAUCAAAGGAAUCUGCCAAACCUGCAUCCACAACCCCGGCCUCUCCUUCUAGAGACUCCAGCCUCAAAUCCGGGUCGGCAGCGCCACCUCUCGGAUCCCAGUCCCAUUCCAGCUCAGUGCCUUCCACUGCCACCAGUCCUCUAGCUGGGAAAUCACUGACACUACCAGGGGACUCACACACCUGGUCACCCAGCAGGGAGAGGGCAGUGUGUAUCACCUCAGAGUCCACGUGUCCGGUGGACCACCAGUCAUACUCUGCCCAGGCCAGGGACUAUGACAUUAGGGACCAGGAGUCCCUGUCUCCCAACUCUGUGUGCCCUCUCUCCCGGUCGCCACGCAAGCGCCAGUCGGCUGACGGGGAGGUCCUGCUAGGCCUUCCGGAACAUUCCCCGUCGGCCAAGGUCCUGCGGAAGCUCCCUGGUCGCCUGGUGACGGUGGUGGAGGACAAGGAGCCCAGGAAGAGGAGGAGGAGAGGCAGCGGGACAGGAGGAGGCUCAUCAGAGGAGACCGAGAACGCUGAGUCGGGCCGAGUCUCAGACGAGCCAAGCAGAGGCUCCCAAACCCCUGACAAAACCAGCCAGACACCCGAAGAGAAAGGGACUGCUUCAAAAUACUCAACGACCACCAAACUCACAGAGGACCAAGAAUCCCCCUCAACACACACCUAUCCUGCCAGAAGCUACCUCCCUUACUCCCCGCCCCACCAAUCCCCUGACAUGCCGGUGCUGAGGAACCUGCCGGUGCGGCAGCGGCUGGAGAGCGAGUCUCGCGUGGCGGCGCAGUUAGGAGAGCUGGGCCGAGGGAGGGGAGGGAACUACCACAGGAAAAUGGACAAUCAGCCAGGAAAAGACGGCAACGUGUCCUCACCCGCUAAUAAUGCUAACUCGACCCCACCAGUGAAACGAAAGAGGGGCCGACCCCCCAAAACUCCCCUCAGGUUGGCGGUAUCCCAGCCAGAGCAUGCAUCUCCUCCCCAGCCCACCUCAGCAAGUGAGGGGAGCCCCGCUCUCUCCCCAAAACGCAAGCGGGGUCGUCCCCGCAAGGACUCGACAACUGUAAAGAAUGCUGUGGGUGCAGGACAUAACUCAAACUCCAGCACCACCAGCCAACCUGGUUCCCUGUCUGAGGCUGUUAACACAGAACCACUACUCCCAUCUGCCCCCACUGAGCCUCAAACUGUGGCCGCCUCUGCUAUCUGCACCAGCCAAGACUCUCUGUCUACCAAAGCUGAGGACUCUACCGCAACAUUAAAACCAAACACUAAGACUGAGGUCCUUACCACAACCCCAACUGCUAUCCUGGCACUAAGCCCAGCUCAAAUCCUUACCACAACCGCUAUUCCUGCGCCAAGCCGAACUCGAGUUCCCAUCUCAAUUCCAAUCUCUGUCUCCACCUCAAGCUCAGCAACCAUCUCCACCCCGGUUCCAAUUUUAGUCCCUGCCACAAGCUCACCCACAGUCCCCGCCUUAAACUCAAUAUCUGUUCCUGCUUCAAGCUCAUCCACAGUUUCCACCCUAAGCUUACCCACAGUAUCCACAUCGAGGCCGCCCUUUAGCCCUACCUCAAGGUCAUCCUCUGGCCUCAUUCGAAUUCCAACUGCAGUCCUCACCUCAACCCUUGCCCAAUUCCUCACCUCAAGACCUAGAGUCUCCACUUCUCCACCAAUCUCCACAACUACCACACAAAUCGUCACCCCUACCCCCAACAAGAUCUCCACUCCUCCCCUUGCCCAAAUCACUAUCCCUACACCAGCUCAAAUCUCCAAAAUGGCCACAUCAGUCUCUACUCCAACCAUGACCCCCACUCCAGCCCCUACACCAACACUCACAAAUGUCAAACAAACCCCUACUCCGUGCCCUACCACAAUUGUUGCAACCCAUGUACCAACACUUAGAAAACUCACCACAACCUCAAUCGCAAAUCUGACCACCAUUUCCACAUCAGGCCCAAGUAUAAUCGUCACCACCGUCACACAAGCCCGAACCGCCACCAUCACUGCAACAACCUCCAUACCAACUUCUACCAAAAUCACCAUCACAACCCCCACACCAGCCCCUACACCAACCACCACACUAACCUCUACACCAGCCCCUACCACAACUGUCACCACCGUUACACCAGCCCCUACCACAACUGUCACCACCGUUACACCAGCCCCUACCACAACUGUCACCACCGUUACACCAGCCCCUACCACAACUGUCACCACCGUUACACCAGCCCCUACCACAACUGUCACCACCUCUACACCGCCCCCACCCAGAACUGUCACCACCGCUACACCGCCCCCACCCAGAACUGUCACCACCGCUACACCGCCCCCACCCAGAACUGUCACCACCUCUACACCGCCCCCACCCAGAACUGUCACCACCUCUACACCGCCCCCACCCAGAACUGUCACCACUGCUACUGUAGCCGCUGCCACAACCAUCACAUCAACUCCUACCCCAAUCUCUACCCCAACCCCCACCCGUUCCCAAGUACACAACUCCACUACCAACAAAAUCGUCACCCAGAUAUCCACCCCAGCCCCCACUCCAAGUUCAACAUUAGUCCUGCCCCUGGCCCAAAUUCCUAUUACAUCUACCCUCUCCAGCAACUCUACUGCUGUGGCUGCCACAGAGAACCAGGCUGUGGAGACUGCCCAGAAUCCAGAUUCAGAGAACAUAAUAGACAUGGAGGUGGAGACCCAGGCAGUUAAAGUGGACAAAAAGGCAGAGGAUGGAGAAGAGGAGAUUAGUGACUCUCAACCGAAAAAGAGGAAAGUGGAGAAUUCUCCUGAAGCCAAAGACACUGUCCUUUCCACUCCCUCUCUCGCUGACCCAGAGACUCCAGUGGCUCCUCGGCCAGAGGAAACAGAUAAGCAGAAGAUAGAGGAGAGCGCCGGAGAUGACAAAGCCGCCAGCAAGAAGAGGCCUCUCAGUCGCCAGAGCAGUCAGGAGUCGGUGCGCUCCUCUUCUCCUUCCUCAGUGUGCUCCACAUCCAAUCCCACCCGGUCAGCCCAAUACAAGAAGAGUGCAGAGAAGAGAGCACCUGCCAAGAGGAGGCGAGGAGAGGUUCUGUCUGACCCAGAGAAGGGAGAGGGGAAGACUGAGAAAGAGUCCACCAACGCCACUCGGAGGAGGCAGUCCAGGUCCUCUUCUUCAGACUCUGACCCCUGUGAAACCAGGAAAGAGCGCCUCACCCGCUCAUCCCAGAGCUGGCAGGAGAAAGAGGGGGAUGGAGAGGGCAACAGGCGGAGAAGAAGACCCGCCAGGAGCUCUGAAUGGGAGGGCAGGACUGUGUCCAACAACACCGGUACUGGGGAGUCUGGCAGCGAGACAUCCUCUGUGAGAGUCACCCGGAAAUCCUCUGGUCCUCUUCCCACCUCGGAGAGUAAACCCCAGUCUAACAGCGUGCCCUCUACCCCUCCCCAGCCAGAGGUCCUGGGAAAGAGAUGUUCAGCCCUGAACGCUGCAGCCAAACUCCUUGCCAUGCGAGGCAGGGUCGACACCCCUGGCAGCAGGAAAGACCCUGCGGCUAAGGCUGCUGGGCAGAAUGCCAUUUCUCCCACUUCCUCUGACAAGAACCACAAGUCCAAAUCUAAAAGUGCACCAGCCACUCCGCAAACAAACUGCAACAACAAAGCAGGAAUCAGCAAGAUGACCCCCACCAAGUCUAGCCGCACAGCCGCCCGCUCCACCCGCCAGUGCCCUGGCGCCCUCGUCCCGCCCCUGGAGACAGACAACAAGAGGGGGAGCAAGAAGGAGGAGAGUGAAAAAGAAAAAAAGAAGCCCUCGGAGGAGAAGGAAGAGGGGGGCGAGAGGGAGACUCGCUCGUCCAGGGGCCACAGCGCCUGCAGCAGCGUGAGUAGCGAUGGUGGAGGGAGUAGCCGGAGCAGCAGCAACAGCAGCCAGCGCACCCACAGCCUCAGCUCCCAGAGCACCGGGCCCAGGCUCAACAGCUCGCGAGCACCAUCCUCCAGCAGCGAACGUGAACGCAGCACCGAGAGGGGCAGGAGGCGCAGCCACAGGAAGGAAGGAGAAGGCUGGGGGAGGGAGACCCGGAAGGAAAGAAAGGAGAGGCACGCCCAGAAGCGGGAGAGGCUCUCACAGGAAGGGAACGCUGGCUCGGGAGAGGGCACCCCGGACAGGGUGCUGCGCAGCGUGGCGGCUAUGGCAGCAGCUCAGGCCCGCACACCGGCAGCCAACACCCGCUCCUCCCGGUCUUCCUCUGCCCAACACAACAAGACAUGAUGGAAUAACAAUAUAUUUUUUUUAAACUGGGAGAGGGAGUGAGGGAUUCUGACUGGGAAAUGGCCUCUAAAGUUGCUGCUUUGUCUACACUGACGGAGGCCAGAGCAGAACUAUGUGUUGUGCAGGUCAGUGACCUCCCUCCCUCUUGGGCCCUCUCCCCCACCCCACAUUAGAGCUGGUCUCCUCUCCAGUUCAGCCAUCAUCAACUGGGGAAAGGCUUAGAGAUGCCCGACUGUUUGCAGAGAGAAAGGUGCCAUCAUGGUAGAGCCCUUCCAGAAGUGAGGUGUUGUAGUCCUGAAGGUGUCACUUCAUACGGACAGUGGCUUGACUGCACACCGGGGACUUUGGGACGAGGUGGGUGCGAGUGAGUUAUUUGUUAGUUCACACUAUGUACUGUAAAACAUUUUAAAAGACUGGAAUACUAAGAGAUGUAUGUGUUCGAGAGAGGAAUAGAUUGCGCCCAAUAUGCAGAUUUUAUCCUCUGCCAGGGUUAUCGGUGGGAAUCAUUCAUGCGACAUUCAAAAUAAUAUUUUGAGUGACAGUUGUAUCGUACGUUUGAAGGUUUUUGACUUUUUGGGUUCUGGACAUUUUGUCAGCUGUUCUGACCUCUGUUGAUAAGUUCUGGAUAUUUUAUGGUUUCUUCCAGGAAGAGAGCAGAUCUGUAAAUGUGAUCUUUGCUGCACUAUGCUGGAGCUACUCUUUGCUUGGGCCUCUGUAUCUUGUCAUUUUCUGUCCAUCUGACUUUUUAAAUCCAGCCUGCAUUUUUCCUUUGCAUCUGAGUGCAUUGUGGUGUAGUAUUAUUUUACAUCAAUUUCAAUCAAAUUACUACUACGUUCCUGGUACCUCACACAAAUGUAACUCCAAAUAUGGCUGUCUCUCUCAAGCUUGUUAUGCAUCUCGAAGAUGCAAAUGAUUUUACUCACUGGCAAUGCAGAAAGAAACGGGAGCAGAACCUUGAUUUAACUCCUCACCUUUUCCAAAGUCCGACGUUAUGGUAAACAUUUCAUGUAGUUUAUACUAAAAGGGUAUUGAAUCAGUGUGAAUAAAAAAAACAGUGCCUAUUAGGCCGAGUGGGUGAACGGAGAUCCCAGUUUGCUUUGUAAAGUACUUGACGUUGGGGUAUGGAACUUACUGAGUUGUCAUUUGUCACUAAAAAAAGGACAUGCUUUCUGUAAAUCAUGAGAAAAGCACCCUAUGCACCAGUGCUACCAAAUUCUUUAUUUUUUUAAAUCUGAAUUUCUUUCAUGUAAGGACUUAAAAUGGUGCAGAUGGCUCUGUAAAUGGUCAAUUAACUUUGAGGACUUGCAUUUGUCAAAGCAGUUUUUGGGCAGGGUGAUGUUUGAGUGAAUGGGUGGAAUAUGGUGAUGGUCUUAUCUUGAUUUGUCCCUUUAAUUUGUUACAUUCCUUUGUUCCCUUGUAAUUCCACAUUGUUUUACUUGAAAGACAAAAUGACAGUUGAAUAAAAGACCAAAAAUGUA